AUGGACGUUCAGUGGGGCUCCAGUAUAGAUUGGGAUGAAGGUUGGGAUGAUAGUAUCGAUCAGAUAGAGUUUAAUGGAAACACCAAUAUUUUUCGGAGAUUAGAAGUUUUUCAAGUACAAACGAGUGAAUAUUGCUUGAAUGGUUUAAGAAGAACUGAAAAAGCUAAUAUGAGAUUAAUCAUAAAGGUAGCUACUUUGUUCAAUGAAACAGGUGAAACGUAUUAUUUACAUUUACGUGAUGAUUGGUUAGAAACACCUAUUUAUGAUGGAAAUGUUGUCAAUAUCUUUGGAAAUUUUGACAAUGAAAACAGGUGUAUUGCCGAUAAUUCACAAAGCCUCGUAGUUGUGAACCCUGGUGUACUUAUAUCUGCAACUUCUGUAGCUGAUUCCUUUAUAUGUAUGAGAAAAAACAUCUUAAGUGAACGAUUUAAUGGAAAUUUUUACUUUAAUUCAUCGACGGCAUACGGAAGUUUAUUUCAUGAGUUGAUUCAAUCGUGCCUUAUCCAAAAUAAUUUUACCAGUCAAUUUAUGGAAUCUGAGAUAUUAAAGAUAGUGAAAGUAUCUAUCGAAAGGCUUUAUUCUGCGGAUUUGAAUGAAAAUGAUGUGAUUGGUGAACUCAUGGAUGCUAUUCCAACGAUCUGUGCGUGGGCAGAUAAAUUCAUUGGUGAAAUACCAAAUCAAAUAGAAGAGCAUCUUUCUACCAACAAAUCAAAGCUUUCCAUAUCCAUUUGUAACGUUUUGGGCGUUGAAGAGCAUAUUUGUUCUACAAAAUAUGGCCUUAAAGGAAAAAUUGAUGCUUCUAUCGAGGCUAAGGUAUCACAGAAUGGUGUAUUAAAAAGAGUGAUAAUGCCCCUUGAAUUGAAAACAUCCAGGAAUAUAUCACCAUCUCAUUAUGCGCAGACAAUCUUCUAUUGUCUUCUUAUGAGCGAUAAUUAUGAUAUUGAUGUAGAAUCUGGACUACUGUAUUAUUUAAAAAUACAAAGUGAUGAAACUGGGAAAAUGUUAAAUGUACCUGCUGUUCCUCACGAAUUACGAAGUCUAAUUAUUCAACGGAAUCAAAUGGCGUGGUAUACCUUGGACGAUCAACGAUCAAUAUUACCACCAAUGAUUAAGAAUGAAUUCCAAUGUAAAAACUGUAGCUAUAAUGCUUCAUGCUUUCUAUAUCAUAAGGCUAUCGAAAAUGGCACCAGCGAAACUAGUGGCGUAGUUCAAAUAUUCAAUAAUAAAGUUGCACAUUUAAAAGACCAUCAUCUUGAUUUUUUUCGCAAGUGGGAUGAACUUAUUACGUUGGAAGAAAAAGAUAUGUAUCGGUUUCAGCCAGAAAUUUGGAAUAUGCUUGCCUCCAACUGUGAUGAUGGUCAAUGUCUUAAUAAUAUGUGGUUGGACCCAGAAACCAUCGAAGCUAUCCCAAAUGGUGAAGGAUAUCGUCAAUUUAGAUGUAAAUUCAUACGCAAAACGGGAAAAGCAAAUUUUGUUUUAGAUACUCAAUUUUGCAUAGGUGACCAUGUUAUUGUAUCAUCUGAAUUAGAUCAUCGUACAGUCGCUAGUGGCUUUGUCGAGGAUAUUGCGUCAGAUUUUGUUUGGCUUACUUUGGAUAGAAUACCUCGUGGUGGACCAAAAUGUAAUAUCGAUUUUGAUAUUGAAUCAUGUCAUAGUUUAUUAUGUGCAUCGGAAGAUACAGCACACUAUAAUUUAAGAUCUAAUAUUACGGGUACAUUUUAUCGGAUUGACAAAGACGAGUUGACUUCUAGCAUGAAACUUAUUAGACAGAACCUUGUAAGCCUUCUUGUAGAUGAAGAAACCGCAAAACUUAGAAGACUGAUCGUGGAUCUCGAACCACCUUGCUUUAAUAAAUUUACCGACACAAUGCCUAGCAUUGUCGAUACGAAAAGUCUGAAUGAUGAUCAAAUUAAGGCUAUUAAAUUGGCUUUAGAUGCUCAAGAUUAUGCUAUUCUUUUAGGGAUGCCUGGAACUGGUAAAUCAACCACGAUAGUGCAAAUCAUAAAAGCACUUGUAAGCAAUGGAAAAUCGAUUUUACUGGCUGCUUAUACGCAUUCGGCCGUAGACAAUAUUCUUUUCAAAUUGCUUAAUGAGGAAAUUGACAUGCUGAGACUUGGUUCCAAAGCAAAAGUUCGUUCAGAAAUAGUGCCUUAUUUGUUAAACAUUAACCAAUACGACAAUGUUGACAUGUUUAGAACAUUUAUUGAAUCAAAACAAGUGAUUGCUACUACAUGUCUUGAUGAGGCAACGCAAGUGACACUUCCUAUAUGUGUGGGACCGCUUCGUUUUGCAGAUCGAUUUCUUCUGGUUGGUGAUGAUUUUCAAUUGCCACCAUUGGUACGGAAUCAUGAAGCAAUUGAAAAGGGAAUGGGGAAAAGUCUAUUUACAAAUUUGACUGGAAAGCAUCCACGAGCAGUCACAAGGCUUCGAUAUCAAUAUCGUAUGCAUGAAGAUAUAAUGAAUUUGUCUAAUUGUCUGAUAUACGAUUACAAAAUGCUUUGUGGGUUACCAACAGGACCGGAGAGUUUUUUGAAAAUCCCAGGAUGGAAUAAUAAUUUUUUGUCACAGUUUCAUAAAGAAAAUGAUAAUCGUUGUAAAGAGGAAUGUUGGCUUCAGACCGUUCUUGAUCCAUGGAAGCCAGUUGUAAUGGUCGAUACUGAUAAUCUUGAGGCUAGAGAAUCCAGAGGACUGAAUCAAAAUAAUGUGGAAGCAUCACUUAUUGAGCAAUGUGUUAAAGCUAUGCUAAUAGGUGGCGUACCUCAGACUGACAUUGGAAUUAUUACACCUUUUCGGCAUCAGAUUAAACUUUUAUCACAGAAAUUUAAAGAUUUUUCUAAAGUUGAAAUUAGUACAGUUGAUAGAUUUCAGGGAAGAGAAAAAAAAGUCAUCGUCGUAUCUCUGGUGAAAGCGAACGUUGAUUAUAGGGUCGGCGAUAUUUUAAAAGACUAUCGCAGGUUAAACGUAGCAAUCACUCGUGCCCAAUCCAAAUUAAUUAUUUUCGGUAGCAAGUCAACGGUCUCUACAUCGGAAAUAAUGCGUAAGAUUAUAGAGCAUAUACAAAAUGCAAAUUCAUUAUGUAAACUUAAGGAUAAGAACACUCAGAACUGGCAUAUUAUUCCGAAGUAG